CGUCUCAACUCCCGACCAACUUGAACGCCGCGCGGCGCUUACACAUCAACAGUUCAGACAACAAUCCUACCUACAACUACGCUUCGUAUUCUAUAUCCCAUUUUCCAACCGACUAUAUAUCGAUACCCGACACCAUACUCUGCAAUUGUAAUCGUUACUGUAUCUAUACACUAUCAUGGGCCUGUUCGCAAAAAAGAAGCACAGCCACGAAGAGGGCGACUCCGAGACGCAUUCCCCAUCUCCCAAUACGCACCUCGGUGCCCCCGAAAUCACGUUCGUCCGUACCGAUACGUUUACCGAGGAGACGAUUUUUCCUCCUGCGAGCCCUAUAACCGAGAAUGAUGCCGACCACGACUCGCACCUGUCCCCCGAGACGGCAUCAGGAACGCCAGCAAGGGGUCGCCUUAGUCUGGACGUCUUCCGCAGCAAUCGCAGUCGUAGUCAAUCUAUGAGCAGCAACCCCAAGAGCCCAACCGUUGCCAGGCGCAUGUCACGAUUCCAUUUACACCGUAGCCCAGUGAGCUCCGAGAAUGUGCCUCAGGAUCUGCCGCCCGUGCCUGCUAUUGUGGUUCCCGAAGGCGAUGAAGAUAAGGAGGGCAAAGAGGCUCAAUGGGAGAAGCGCGCAACCAUGUUGGCACGCAAAAACUCCGAGGCUCGCAGUCGCCCAGGAACCCGUCCGGCUAGCCCUACCCGCAGCGUUAGUAACGACUUUGCCCGUAUGCGCCUUGGGAGUGUCAGUGGCCCUGCCGAAGCGGAAGAAUGGCCUUUGAAGAACGAACCUGGGCCUGUCGCGCCUCCUCCGCCUGUAACCAAAGCUGUUUCGUCUAAAGCUAUUGAUGAAGAUAUCCAGCAGGCCAUCAAGUUGCAUGAAGAAGGAAACUUGGAGGAGUCCACUGCUCUAUUUGGAAAACUGGCUGACCCGGAAGGGGCAAAUAAUCCCCUAAGCCAAGUUCUGUACGGCCUUGCUUUGCGGCACGGAUGGGGAUGUGCCCCUGACGCAGCCAAAGCCGUGACAUACCUCUCAGCAGCAGCCUCAAACGCCGCCGAAAUCGAACAACUCGCUCUCCAGGCUGGGCUCAAGAAGGGCGGCGCAGCCAAAGGCGAGCUCGUCCUGGCCAUAUUUGAACUGGCAAAUUGUUUCCGUCAUGGCUGGGGUAUUCCUAAAGACCCGAUAGCCGCGAAACAAUACUACGAGACAGCGGCGAAUUUGGGAGAUUCCGACGCCAUGAACGAAGUAGCAUGGUGCUACCUGGAAGGAUUCGGCACCAAAAAGGACAAAUACACCGCCGCAAAAUAUUACCGCCUGGCGGAGAAGAACGGAAACAAGAUCAUGGGUAAUACAUGGAUCUGGAAGGAAAAGUAUGACCCGGGAAAAAAGAAGUAAAGGGAGGGGGGUCCAAUUAUUCAUCGGGAUGUUUUGAACAUUCAAAAGGGCAGGGAAAAGGGAAGGCGAGAACAGGGUUACCGUGCGAAAAGAGCCCAAAAACCUGUUCUAGACACUUGAUCUCUGUG